AUUAAGAAAGGAUCCUUAAAGUUAAAGGUUUUUGUUCGUUGCCUCGCGAUCUCAGAUGUUUGGGUGGAAAGGAGAGCAAGUGGAAUUUCGGAUGAAUUCGGAGUGGGCGUGGAGGUAUGAAUGGAAAGUUGCUAUCACCGGAGGAGAAGAGAACAAGGGGAGUGGCCACCUGCAAAGACACUCCAACGGUCAAGUCAGUGUUCGUACGAGAUAAUAGCCGAAUUAGGUAAAAUUGUGACGUACCUUGGGGGGAGAGCUGACCUCUCCCCUUAUAUACUGUUUGCUGCGCGGGCCCUUAGAUGACCUAAUCCAUUGGCUAGGAAGCUUCUAUGAGCUGUCCUAGUCCACAUGGGAGACGCAGGUCAUUUUGGUCUCCGGAUCGGGGGUUCGGGUGGUGCCCCGGAGAUAUCGUCCCAACCGGUUCGCUUGAGCCGUGGUGGCAAGUCAUGAGGACCUCGGGUUGGGUACAGGGCCGACCCGUCGUAGGGGUGAUCUGGCCAUGGGUCGGGAGCGGUGCCCCGACCCGGCGGCUAGCUAGGUUGGACACUUAGCGGCCCGUAACAGUGCCCCCAACGUGCCAGCCUCAAGUUUUGGAGCUUGUGACUAGGCGCGUUUGUUCCACUCACCGGGAUGGGAUGUGUUCUCCUUCUCGAGAGCUCGUUGAUGGUGUUUUGUGUUUCUCACGCGUGGUCAUCUCGCUUCUGACGCUGCCUCCUUGGCUUUUGCGCUGGGCAUUAAAUGUCCAUCAUUUCAUGAUUUGAAAUCCAUGUGGAAUGGCGAAUAUGCCCCAGCCUUUUGGUACUUCUUCCUCGGCGGUUACACUUUUUCCCUAUUUUUGUCUUGUAACCUCCCCAAAACUCCACUAUUCUCUUCUUCUUCUUCUUCUUAUUCCCUCACGCUGCUGCUGCUUCUAAUUUUCUUCCUGCUUUUGCUGCUACGUCAGUUUUCUUCCUCCUUCCAGUGCUCAUUCUUUUCCUUGGAUCCUUCCUUCAACCUUUCUGCAUUUUUCUGGUAUGGCUGAAUGCCCCGUGCUUUCGAACCUGGCUCAGCGGCCGCUGGCUAAUUUUGUCGAUCAUUACGCCUGGGUUACUUCCGAUGUGAGGGAAACCCCUUCUAAGGUCACAAAAGAGAGCCUUCAGGACCUUCGCCAAGCCGGGGUCCUGUGCGGAGGGGGCCUGAGGAGGCGUUCUACCAGGUUUAUGUUCUGGCUGAUCGGGAGCGAGUCUACCAAAAGAACCUGGCAACUCCACGGGUUGUCGAUUGGUUGUGGGUUUAUAAACCCAUGUUCAUGACCCUGGGAGUUCGCUUGCCUUUUUCUCCUUUCGUUAUGGGUUUACUGAACCGUUGUGAUGUUGCCCGUCGCAACUGCACCCAAAUAGCUGGGCUGCCAUCCGAUGCUUCGAAAUGGUUUACGAGUAUCUGGAGCUCUCGAUCUCUAUGAGCGUCUUUCUUUACUUCUUCCUUCUUACAAACCCUUCUCAGGAGGAGAAGACGAAAAAAGGGUAUAUGUCUUUUAGGGCUCAGCAAGGCCGCAAGAUUUUUGGCCUUUUUGAGGAUUCUUUCCAUGGUUUUAGGUCUACCUUUUUCAAGGUCAGGCUGGUUGAAGGUCAUCAGCCCUUCUGGUUUACUACCGAAGGGGAAAGGCAGAUUCCGACUUAUUGGAUCUUUGGGGCGGGAUCCGAUAACUUAAUAAAAAUAUCCUAUGACUGGUUGAGCCCGGAGGAUCGUAAUUGUCGACAUCUUGUUGGCUAUUUUUGGCGAGAAAAACCUUAAUCCUCAUAUGGUUAUGGGGGACAAGGAGACCGGUCGGUCGUAUGUUGUUUCUAUGGCUGGUGAGAAGACUACCCUGGCUUAGCUGAUGGACCUCAUCCAUGAUGGUGAUGAUGGUGAUGAGGACUCCUCGGCAACCCUUAUGGUGAGUCCGGCCGAGGAGGUUGCCGGGGAGACUAGUGGCCAGGUUGCCGAGGCUGAUCAGGCGGAGGCGGCGGAGGCUCCUCUUGGGAACUCUCCAGUGAACCCAAGUGUGGAAGAGGAGGUUCAUAUGGAGGAGGACCUGGGGUCUGCUGACGAUGACCUGAAGGUAGUUGGCAACCUGAAGAAGAGAAAACGGGAUUCGGGGAAGGCCCUCUGCGUUAUGGAAAAAAAUUUUGAUGCGGGGGAUUUUAUUGAGUCCCAAUUGCUUCCUGGCACCGAAGAUUACAUCCGGGAUGCCGACCUUGCAGGUCAGGCUCGGUGGAUCUACCGUAGUCUCCUUCGUGUUGCCGCUAUUGCUAAGAAGAUGGAGCCCGUCCUGGGGAAUUUUCAUGUUAUGGAAGGGAAGCUUCGGAACUCCCAGAAAAAUCUGAUUGACUCAAGAUCUCGGGAGGAGUCUCUAAAGAAGAAGUUAUCUGAGCAGGAGGAGAAGGCUAAGGAAGAUGCCAAUGAAAUAAAUAGGUUGGUGGAGCGGGACCUCGCCUUAAUGAAAGAUUUGAAUGCUUCCAGCGGUGAGACUGCUGCUACGGAGAAGAAGGUCAAAGACUUGGAGAAAAAGCUGAAAUUGGCGGAGAGCUCGGCAACAGCUUCCCUCCAGGAAGCAGCCGCCCUGAAGAAGAAGAAUAAGGAAAUUGCUAAGGGGGCCCGGGAGGUCGUGAAGCUGACUGAGGAGGGAAUUAAGCUUCAGGUUGCUGUGCUGGGUCCCGACCUCGAUCUCUCUCAGGUGGGCACUCUCAAGACUGUUAAGGACGGGAAGAUUAUUGAUAUCCUCAAGCCUUGAGAUGGAUUAUUCUUUUCAGCUUUUGUACUCUUUGCUCUUGCCUUUGUAAUUUUGCUUUUACUUCUG